GGGGGCAACGAAGUCACUCAGUCUUGGUGAGAACUUGGUUGAGUUUAGCUGAUACGUGGUGCAACGAUUCCUAGAAAAAUGGUAACUCAGCUGUGUACACUGUCCCUUCUACUAGUUUUUGCUCAAGGCAAGCCAGUGACCUACGACCAACGUCAAGAUGGAAGUUUUAAUCUUCACGCACAAUUAGACAACAUCAUGAUCGUGAUUGCCACUCCUGGAGAUAAAGGACCCAGCAGCCUUUUCAGUGACAUUGCUUCUCAAAUUCUAGAAUUGAGAAGCCUUACUUCCAGAAACAAAAAAGUCUCCGUCGAGGAUGAAGAAAUCGUCGAACAAGGAAAAGAUCCACUCAGCGUGAGGAUUUUGCGAAUUGAAGGUCAAAAUGAUGCGGAAGGGAAUGGGGGUCAAAGUCAAGGACUGGGAAGUUUAAAUCUAUCUGAAGAACUUCCAGGUGAAGGAGCAGCCGUGAAUCAAAUCAGGGCCUUCGAUUUAUCGAAAAUUGAUGACAUCCAGCAGAUUAUGACUAAGACAGAUAAGUAUAUUAAGGAUACAAUUAAAGAAAUGUCCAACAAGAAGAUGGAAGAAAAACCAGAACUCAUUCCUGAAAGCCUGGAAAAGGAAGUUCCACUGAUUGCCGGACAGCAGGACAUCAUUCUAAGUUCCGCAAAACAGGAAAUUCCAGAGAUGGAACGAUUGCCAGGUAAAUUAGUUUUUCACGGAACGAUUGUCGAGGUAGAUAAAGCAACUGGUAAAAUAGUUCACAACUUUGAAAAUAAGAAGCCCAUUGAGAAUAAACCUAGUGACAAGAAGUUGGCGAAAAUUGAUAUUCAGGAAAAGAUUUUUGAGAAAUCAGGUGUUACUGAGGACAAAGAAAAAAUUACUCCUGAACUUCAAGAGAAGGCUCCGAUUAUUCUACAAGUAUCCGAGAAAAUGAAAGAAAAGAUUUCACCAGUAAGUGAAGAGAUAGCAAUUCUUCCUAAACAAUUGGAAAACCAAGAAGAGAAAAUUAAGAAACAAGGAAAACCCGAAAUCUCGGAAGCUAUUGAAAAUAAGGUAAAUAAGGAGAAGAAAAUUGCAGUCAAAAAUGAAGACAAGGUGGAUUCAAAGGGUGAAAGAACUGAAAGGGAAUUGCGAGCUCCUGCGAAUGAUUCAAAAAGUCGGAUGUCCUGGAAAAAGGAAUUGCCGAGGAUUGAGGAUCUGAAUGAAGAAUAUGCACCUAGUGAUAAAAACGAAGUUCGUCUUAUCGUUAAAGAAAUUUCUCAAUUAAAACCCAUUGGAGAUAUGAUCGAGAACUGUGGACCCGGAAGAAUUCGCAAUCGAUACGGAAUUUGUCAAUUCGAUGAGUCUUUCAAUUAAAUAUUUUUUAUCGCAUAUUCUUAAUAAUCUCAAGUCUAUUUUCAAUAUAUAAACGAAUAUAUUCAAAUAUUUAAUCUUCCCUCAUUUUUACUCAGACUUAUUUAUUUUGUUCUCCAUUUGCUCAAUUGUGUGAACUAGCUUUAAGAUGCUUUUAGUAUUCGGAUAGAUUUUUUAACAAGAGUUUAAAAUGUAGUUCAGAGGAAGUCUACAAACAAUUUAUUUUAUAAAUUUGAAGUAUUAUUUGUAUGCAUGAGACGUAAAUUAUUAAGAUUAUGAAAACAAAAGAAUGAUAAUCUGGAAGUGUAUGUGAGGUUAACAAAUUAAUUUAGAACAGUUGUAGCGCUUAUGAGAAGAUUGUGUAAUAAAGACUUCACUCAAGGUCGAUUACGUUUUCGCACCCAUUCAUUACUGUAACUCGAUUGCGUUGGCACUUGUUUUUUAAUAUCAAUUGACUUCGUUUAUUUAUAAACUAUUUUUUUUUACUUUUAUGUAGAAAACAGGCAAAGUACGAAUAAAA